UCCCACCAUGUGUUUGCCCCCAGCGUAGCAGUGUACCAUGAACCCAUUCCUGGAGUCGGAGGAGCUCCCCGGGGUCAGUGCCGCCGCUGCCGGCCCAUCCACCGUCAGUGUCGCUCCGACAGCCAUGUCGUCCGCACCAGCCGACGAUCCGCCGGUCAUCUCCAUAGACGAGAUCGCCAAGAAGCUACUGCGCGAGAAUUUCUACCUGACGGCGCUGGAGCUGCACCUGGAGCUGGCCGAGCUCGGUGCUGAGCUGCCGCGGCUGCGCAGCUUCUUCAGCAACCCGGGCAACUUUGAGCGCCAGACGCCGUUCAAACCCGAACUCGGUGGACAGCUCCCUCGCACGUCGAGUCAGGCCACGCUGGACUCGAUCGACCUGGGACGAUACUCGGAGGACGGCGAGAGACUGGCCGACGAACGGACGGCGCUGCUCGAGUUUGAGCUGCGCAAAGCGCACGAUACCAUCAAAUCGCUACGGGCCAACCUGACCGGGGCGACUGAGCUGAACACACCCGACCACGGCGGUGACCGGCCCAUCACUGACGAUGACCCCAUCAAACCGCAUGAGAAGCGCGCUCUGAACUUCCUCAUCAACGAAUACCUCCUGAGACAUGGCUACAAGCUCACGUCGAUCGCGUUCUCGGACGAGAACGAGGACCAGGAUGUCGAGGACUGGGACGACGUCGGUCUGAACGUGGCCAAGCCGCCUGAUCUGUUGCACUUUUUCCGCGAGGGCGGCAGUCGUCCGUCGGAGCCGCCGGCGCCGCCGCCACCGCCCACGCCUCCGCCGGGGACCGACUGCGAGUGUCAGACGGAAGAGGACCCCGUGCACGCUCAGCUACAGAACGAUAUUACCGCGCUCAUGGACAAAAUCGAGGUGCUCGAGAGCCAACUGAGCGCGGUGCGCUCGUUCGCCGCUGACGCCGCCGCUGCCGCCGAUACGGCCGAGAGCGUCAUCCACGGCGUCAGCACGGCGUCACCGGCCGCUGACGGCGCCGGCGACUCGACCGCCUCGGGUGACGAGUCGCUGGAGAGCGAGCUCGCCCGUACGGAGAGCCAGAACCGACUGAACACGCUGAAAAUGGCCGGUAGAGAGGCGCAGCCGCCGUCACCGGAGAACAGUGCCGUACCGGAGCGCUUCCGACGUGCAGUACUGGCGGCCUGUAUCCACGAGCAGUCGGAGGGAGCAGCCGAUGAGACCAUUGAGCGACUCCAGCUGGAGGUGGCCCAGCUGAGCAGUUCACCCGAGCAGGCGGUGCUCCAGCUGGCCCGCUGUCUGCCGCACAUUGUGCCCAACGUCAUACUGGCCAAACGGGAGGAGCUGAUUCCGCUGCUGUUGUCGGCCAUCCAGCUCCACCCGGACGUCCGGCAGCGGGACGUGCUACUCAACCUGCUGUUCAACCUCAUCAAACGGCCUGACGCCCAGCAGCGCGCCGUCAUUCUGGCUGGGUUCCGGUCUCUAGUGGCCCGCCUCUGUCCGGGUCGACUCGAGGAGGAGGUCCUGCCGCAGUGUUGGGAACAAAUCAGUCACAAGUACUUUGAGCGUCGGCUGCUGGUGGCUGAGGCAUGCGCAGUGCUGGCGCCCUUCAUACCGCCUGAGCUGCGCGGCUCGCUGGUCUGGUCGAUGCUGCACCAAAUGGUGACGGAUGAGAAGGAGGCGGCUGUUCGAGAGGCGGCCAUACGCAGUCUGGCAGUGGUGCUGGUUCAUUGUGACGAUGACGACAAGUUCUCACAGGCCUGGGAUCUGACGGCGCGGCUGCUCGAGGACCGCUGUGAGCCGGUGCAGCGGUCGGCCGCCGAGCUCCUGCUGCCCGUGGUGGCUCGCUGGGCCUCUCAGCUGGGACGGCUCUCCGACCGACUGGUGCCGCACGCGCUCAACGCCGCACGACAGGCCGCUCAGGUGUGUUGUUUGUUUGAUUAUAAGGGCUUAGGGGCGCGUCGGCUCAGGUGUGUUCUGCAAUGGGCUGGGUUGUAGGGGAGGGAUUGGUGUGUUGUGUAGGCUGUAAGCUGUUGACUGUCCACGGCGUAUGGGUGGAGUUGCCUGAUGACAACGU